CAGAGAAGAGUGGAAAUGAAUGCAAACAGCUCUGUGGUCUCUUUAUUUCCUGUUUCCGGAGUCAGUUUAAACUUUACACACAUGUAGAAAUGUAAGCUCGGGGGCCAGGUGCGUACCCUGUGUGUGUAAACUAUGUAGACGUUGCAUUUUCCCAAUCCGUAUAUCUUCUCAGUGUUUGUGUGACGUGACGAAACGAAUAACUAAUUCAAGGUAUUAUCCUGCUUUAUUUUUGGGAUAUGGAUACAUAUUGGACGUGACAAUAUGCAUCAAGAAAGGGUUAAGAGAGACACCUUCUGACCAAAAAGGACAAUUACAGGAGAGAUGUAUUGGAGAUACCAAGAUCCAAUAAUGUAAUAUAUAAUAAUAUAAUAAUAUAUGCCAUUUAGCUGAUAAUGUGGUGGGAAUGACGUGACUGACACCCUUGAUAAAGAUGAGCAAUAAUGACUGUAUAAAAGCAAUUAUUCAAAUACUGAGCUAUAUUAUAUGCUCAAUUUCCUUUGGAAAUGUUUUUAUACUAAUACAAUUGCUCAGAGAAAGAAAUGCUGUUUCACAAUUUAUUUUUAAAUCUCAGAGGUAGGCGUUAAAGAUAUGCUAAGACAUGCUAAGACAUGCUAACGGUAAUUGUGAACGGUUAGCAAGUCUUGGGGGUAUGAUCUUUGGCCCUCUGUAACUUUCUCACUCAUCAUUAUUCCCGAUCAAUUCAGGAUUAUUCGUAAUCAUGGUAGCAUCCACAUUAAUGUCGAAGUGUUUAAAAACAUAUAUUCUUAUUUAGAAUCAAAUGUACCUCAACAUGACACAAUAUAUUAUUUAACAUACAUUUCUAUUUGGCACAAAAAAAUAAACACAACCUAAACGAACUGCAAGUGCAUCCAACAAGUUUGUAGAGUCAUUGCAUUAUAGGAAUAUGGGACCAAAUACUAAACUUUUGACUACUUUAUUUACAGAACAGAAAUAUAAACGCAACAUGCAAUAAUUUCAAAGAUUUUACUUGUGUUACAGUUCAUGUAAGGAAAUAAAUCUAUUGAAAUAAAUAAAUUAGGCACUAAUCUAUGGAUUUCACAUGACUGGGCAGGGGUGUUGCCAUGGGUGGACCUGGGAGGGCAUAGGCCCACCCACUGUGGAGCAGGGCCUAGCCACUGUGGAGCAAGGCCCACCCACUGUGGAGCAAGGCCCACCCACUGUGGAGCAAGGCCCACCCACUGUGGAGCAAGGCCCACCCACUGUGGAGCAAGGCCCACCCCCUGUGGAACAAGGCCUAGCCAAUCAGACUGAGUUUUCCCCCACAAAAAGGCUUUAUUACAGAACCCCCUUCCCUGUCCGAUGAUCCCGCAGGAUGUGAUUUUAGAGUGGCCUUUUAUUGUCCCCAGCACAAGGUGCACCUGUGUAAUGACCAUGCUGUUUAAUCAGCUUAUUGAUAUACCACACCUGUCAGCUUGAUAUAUUAUCUUGGCUAAGGAGAAAUGCUCAUUAACAGGGUUGUAGACACAAAAAUUGAGAAAAAUACGUUUUUUGUGCCUAUGGAACGUUUCUGCAAUAGAUCACGUGGUGAAGAUUCAUGCGUCGUUUCCAUGGAGUUGUUUUUACACGCUUUUUGUUGAUUGGUCAAAGGAAAUAUGGCCGCAGAAUAAACAUUCACAACGAUUGGAUUUUGGUGUUUGUUGUUUAACCAAUGAAAAUAGGUGCUUUGUACAAACUGACGCAUGUCCAGGAAGUUUUGAGGUUUGUUUGGGGGUGAAAACAGCAAAGUCUGGGAUAUUCUUAAUAUUUUCGUCGAAAUUUACAGAAUACAUUUUUGGAAGCAAGCAAACAUUUAACUAUUUUGAAGUUUGCAUGUUUGUUAUUUACAGAACAUUGUUGAACCUCUGACUGAGCCAACAUGGAUUCCUCUCCAGUACUGCGUCAGCAAUGUCAGAAUACACUCCUGAACGACCAUUCAAGUCUCAACAGAAUAACAGCAGACACAAAGCCAGGCUCUAAACACCCCUCUGUACCCCACCCUUCCAAACACCCCUCUGUACCCCAUGGCCAUCCUUCCAAACCGGGGCCUGAGAACAAGGACCCAGCAGCAGCCUCAGACAACGGUCCUAAACUCAUGAUAAGAUCGCUGGGCAUCAGCAGACUCCCAGUGCUGGCCAAGUCCCUGCCCCUUAAGACUCCCUCUGACUUCACGCGGUCACACAAGAGAUGGGAGGACAACUCUGUAGCGGGUAAAGCCAAGAGGAUGAAACCAAGCACCAAGCCUGUGCCUUUCAACUUCUCUAAUCUCAAAGCCAACUGAAUGGGGGCACAGAACCAGAGGGGACCACUGACUGCUACUGCAAGGGCUGGUGCUCAACCAACCCAACCUAAAAGGAGUGUGGAGGCCGCCUUCCACUCUGACCCUUCUGCCCUAUGUAGUAUCCUCCAGAAUGAGGGAAUCAGGGCAGCCAGGGUUUUUAUGUCCAGCCGUCCCUCUACACAAGCCUAUAACAACAUGCCCCAGAGAGUGUCCAUCAUGAAGAAUGGUCUGAGGACAGUGCCCUCUGCUGGUCCUGUCAGAAAUGUAAAGUUGUCUCCGGCCCUGGGCAACAUCCUGCAAACUGAAGGGGUCAGCUCCCCUCUGGAGUUGGAGAGGGUAUCUGUCAUGAAGAGUCACCAGACGACAGCAGCUUCUGCAGGUCCCGUAAGGUCUGUUCGGUUCUCCCCUGAGCCUUCAUCCCUCAACAGCAUCCUGCAGGAUGAAGGGGUCAGCUACUCUCUCCAGCCCCAAAGAGUGUCUGUCAUGAAGAGUCACAAGAAGUCAGCAGCCUCUGCUGGUUCAGUACGGCGUGUUCAGUUCUUCCCAGAUGCUGCAGCCCUCGGCAGCAUCCUGCAGAAUGAAGAGGUGAAGGCUGGGAGACCCCUGGAAGCCACACCCCAGCGCACCUCUGUCUGUCCAUCUGGCAGGGGCACCUCCAUCUACACUGCACAGCGAGUACCCAUCACAAAGUGGCACACUGAAGCUCCUGGAGAACCUAUGGUGACAUCAGUCAGCCUGACCCCAGCCUUAAAGUGGACACCCCAGCGGGUCCCUGACACAAGGCAUCAGCCCAUGUCCAUGAGGAGGCUCCUGUCUGCCCAUUGGACCCCCUACGCAGGCUCUCCCAGACUCUGGGGCCUCCAGGGCCACAGCGGAGAUCUGGAGACAUGCAAGGAGGAGGUUGUCCAGACAUUGUUUAAGGAGACUGAGGAGGAAGAACAGACAGACUGUGUGGUGUUGGAUCAAGACCCUGCUGAGAUGCGAGCAGACCAACAGCUGGCGAAGGAGGAGAAGCAAAGUAACACAGGAGGACGACUCCAGACUUUCUUCCAAGCCCCACACAGAGAAUCAGUCAUUUUCUUCUCAACUGGCAAGAAGCUGCACAGAGCAGCUCCAGCACAUGAACAGGAGAGCCCUGUGGCUGGAUUUCUGGAGCGAGGUGGGCCCAUGGAACAUUGUGCUGCAGGAGGACAGGAGUCGAUGCACCUCCUCCCUCUGCAUCCAGAGUUAGACAGAGCCUCUGCACCAGAGAUCCCGGAAGUCACAGCUGCAGCCACAGAUCUGACCAGGUUGACCAACCUCUCAGCUUUUGUCCCCCUGUGCCAGCCCAGAGGUAGGACUCAAAGUCAGUGUAUGUACAAGCUGAUUGUGCUUAUACUUGCUCUUUGGAGUCUAGUCUGGGUUACUGUAAAGCAGUUUUCGACAACUGAUGUUGCAGAAAGGGCUUUAUAAAUUAAUCUGUUUAAUUGAUCGAUAACCGUGCAUAUAGUUGCAGGUAGUAUUAUGUUCCCAAAGAGCGGUGCUCUGACAUCUGCUACAGCCUUGCUCCGCCAGCGCCUCCCCCCUCUGAAGGAGCUACGUCUGGAUGAGGAGGUGGCCACAUACACCACCUCCCCAGCCCUACCUCCCUCGUCAUCCUGGCCCCUGCAGACCCGCUGUGGAAACCCUGUAGCAGCAGCCCUGCAUCUCCAGGACUACACUGUGAGUUGGGUAUCCUCCUUUAGUUGACAUACAAUUGCGGCCAAAUAUAUUGUCACCCUUGCACUUUUCUGAAGUCAUUCCAUAUUUCUUCUAAAAUAAGUUAAAAUUCAAAAAGCGUUUUGUCCCCCACACUUAGUUAUUGGAUUUUCAACAUUGCAGAACAAUUUUAUUUUUGUAAACUAAAGUUUACCAUUUUUAUUUAGAAAAUUAGGACAUGGCAUAGACAGAAUUAUCUGCAGAUAAACUCUUCUUGUAGCCAUCAAUGUGCUUACUGCACCUUUCUACUGGCAAUUUGGCCCCUCAUCAGCAGCAAACCACUCUAAUUAUUCAGUGUGUGAGGGGUACCCUCCACCAACUGCUGUUUUCAGCUCUCACUGUAGGUUAUGGAUGUGAUUUGGUUCUGUACUCUUCGCUGGCCACUCCAGAACAGUCCAGCAUCUCGUCUUGAACCAUUUCAGGGUGCUUUUUGAUGUAGCAAGACAACGACAACAAAAAAACACAAGAAUCAUCACCUUCAAUGGACACUGGGUCGAACAUCAAUCUGCUGAUUUCAUGAUGUCUUGCACACGUUGAAGGCCCCCAGUACCAGAGGCAGCAAAGCAACCCCCCCCCAUGUUUAAUUGUAGGGAGGGAAUUAUUUUUCUUUCUUCAAUUGAAAUUAUUUAAGAAAAGUGCAAUGGUGCCAAUACAUUUGGCCUGUAACUGUAUUAGUCCUAUAGGCAUUUAUCUAUAGCCUCGGGUUCCAGGAUUCCUCCAGCAGCCGAUUUGAUAAACAGGACUUGGUAGGAUAACAUCGUGAGACUAUCCAACCUAUAGACUAGGAUUCAUGUUCAUUGUGGAUUAAUCAGAAGAGCAUCAUUGACCAUGUUGUGAUAGUUGAAAGUAUUUAAUACUCUUUUCCUGUUCUUCCCGUUCAUUCCUCCCCUUCAGUGUUUUCGGCCAAUUAUCUUAGACCCCUCAUCUACUUCCUACUCCUCUCCUCUCUGGGAGAGAUGACUCAUCACUGUUUUAUUUUUUUAGUCUGGUCUAGUUUACUGAUAAGAAGAGACCCAUAAUGGAUUGUUAAGCUACAUAUUUAAGGAGUGUGUAUGUUUGUUUUCCGAACCCUGUUAUAGCCAGAUUUGCUGUCACACUUAAAAAAUAUCUAUUACUGCUCCAAGUAGCUACUUUUCCAAAACUUAACAUAACCAUGUUCAAUAAUGUAUCAAGUUAGAAACAUUUUUACCACAUUGGCAUGCACUGGCUAUAUAAUGCUAAUAAUACUUUUUAUUUAUGACAGUAUUACAGUAUGCAAAAUAUCCAAGAAUGAGACAUUUUUACAUUUUGAUUGGAAUCAGAAACUAAGUGAAUGAAUUGAUGUCCAGAAAUCAAAUGUUGGGUGGGUACCAAUGAUUGAAAUCUAUGAUUUUGGAGUAGGCUACUGAACCCAUCGGGGAAUUGUUAACUUGAUCAAUGUUGCAAUAAAAUUUAUUUUUUACAGCUUUCAAAAAUACGAAAGUAAAAUUUUUUAUAAAAACAUGUGUAUUAUGUUAGCAUUUUAUCAAUGUGUGUGUGUGUGUGUGUGUGUGUGUAUAGUGACAUAGUGUUGAACUAACUAAAUUAGGCCCAAAUCAGAUUGUCUAGAUUUGUUUAUAAUAAAUGCAUAUGAACUUUC